AUGACCUUGAGAAGUGACAAGGAGGUCCAAGGACCCGACCCGUUGAUUCCUAAGGACAAGGACGAAGAUCAAAUUGAGAAAGAGCUAGAAGAGGAAGGCGGAGACAACAAAAAUUCAAAGGUAAUCCCGGACUCACUCGUUUCAGCAAGUACCAACCCACCCCCCUUCCCAAGCAGAUUGGAGAAACCAAGGAAGCAGGACAAGGAAAAAGAGGUCCUGGAGAUUUUUCGCAAGGUGGAGAUCAAUAUUCCCCUUCUAGAGGCGAUUAAGCAGGUACCCAAAUACGCAAAAUUUUUGAGGGAUCUGUGUGUCAAUCGAAGGCGGUUGAAGGGAGAUGAGAGAGUGAUAGUAGGGGAAAAUGUGUCAGCAAUUCUACAACGAAAGCUUCCACCAAAAUGCGGAGACCCAGGUAUGUUCACUAUUCCUUGUAGAAUAGGCAAUACCUUGAUUGGAAAGGCUAUGUUAGAUUUAGGAGUCUCAAUUAAUGUCAUGCCGAAAUCUAUAUAUGCUUCUCUGAAAUUAGGACCUCUGAAAGACACUGGAAUAAUAAUCCAACUGGUUGACCGAACCAAUGCAUACCCUGACGGGUUGAUUGAGGAUGUUUUAGUGAAAAUUAAUGAAUUGGUUUUUCCUGCUGAUUUUUACGUACUUGAUAUGGAUGAUGAACAUUCUCACGACCCAUUACCUUUACUGUUAGGAAGACCCUUCUUAAGCACAACUCGAACAAAAAUAGAUGUAAAUAAGGGCACCCUAUCUAUGGAAUUUGAUGGUUCGAUUGUUCAUUUUAACAUUUUCGAAUCCAUGAAAUAUCCUUCAGAAUCACAUGCUGGCUCUGUUUUCUCUAUAAAUGUUAUUGACCCUGUUGUACGAGAAGUUUUUGAAAUUGAAGGCAGGGAUGGGUUGGAAGUUGCCUUGACCAGGCACCUCGAGUCAAAGAUGACCGCUGGGGUAGAGUUGAGUGAAGAGCUCAAAUGUGUGCUUGGAGCAUUGCAGACAUUGCUAACCACAAGAAUAAGGUAUAAUCUCGCACCCAUUUUUAUACUUGAACCUCACCAAAGGCUACUCCCAUCUGUGGUGCAGGCGCCUGUUGUGGAGUUGAAAUCGUUGCCGAAACACCUAAAGUAUGCGUACUUGGAUGAGGGGGAGACACUCCCAGUGAUUAUCUCCGCCAGUUUAUCAAAAGUCCAAGAAGACAAAUUGUUUCGGAUUUUAAGAAACCAUAAGUAG